UUCUCCAUAUUGUCUGUGUUUCAGUGUUCACCGCAGAUGUUCAGCAGACUCUGCUGAUUAGAGUCGAUGCUCCUGAGGGAGGACGGCCCAGUAUGGACAAGCAGGUUCCAGAGCCCCUCCACAUAAAGGAGGAACAGGAGGAACUCUGGACCAGAUUGGAAGGAGAGCAGCUCAGUGUGAAGGAGGAGACUGAUGCUACAGAGUUCUCAUACACUGCAGUUACUGUGAAGAGUGAGGAUGAGGAAGAGAAGCCUCUGUUCUCACAGCUUCAUCAGCACCAAAUGAACCAUAGAGAUGUUCCAACCAGCAGCUCAGCUGACCAGAUGAAAGUAGAAACUGAUGGAGAAGACUGUGGAGGAGCAGAAACCAGCUGUAGCCCAGACCUGAAUCCUCAUGAAGAUGCUUCMAGCUCUUCAGAGACUGAAGUCAGUGAGGAUGAUGAAGAGGAGGAGGAUGGGAACAGUCCUGAUUCUCAGCUGGAACMCUUGUCAGACUCUGGAUCAGAAACUGAAGACAGUGACAAAGACUGGAAGGAGUCAGGUGUAAACUGUGUCAACAACAGUUUCAACUGCUCUGAGUGUGGAAAACAAUUUCUCCACAGCCGGUCUCUUCAGAGACACAUGACAUGUCAUUCAACAGUAAGACCUUCAAACUGUUUGAGUCAUAAGAAAAGUGUCAGAACGAAGAGAGAAAUCCAGACAGAACCCAAAUCAUUUAGUUGUGAUGAAUGUGGUAAAAAAUUUACCAGUGAAUCAAGAUUAAUAUCACACAUGAGAGUCCACACGGGACAGAAACCAUUUAAAUGUGAAGUCUGUGGAUAUAGAUUUAGAGAUAAGGCUCAUUUAAAUAGACACAUGAGGGUCCACACAGGACAGAAACCAUUUAAAUGUGAGGUCUGUGGAUAUAGAUUUAGAGAUAAGGCUCAUUUAAAGAGACACAUGAGAGUCCACACAGGACUGAAACCGUUUGAAUGUGAGGACUGUGGACAUAGAUUUAGCCUUAAAGGUAAUUUAAUCACACACAUGAGAGUUCACACAGGACAGAAACUGUUUGAAUGUAAGGAUUGUGGACAAAGAUUUACCCAUAAGGCUAGUUUAAACUUACACAUGAUAGUCCACACAGGUCAGAAACCAUUUGAAUGCGAGGUCUGCAGACAAAGGUUUAGCCUUAAGGGUAACUUAAUCACACACAUGAGAGUCCACACAGGACAGAAACCGUUUGUAUGUGAGGACUGUGGACAUAGAUUUAGCCAUAAGGUUAAUUUGAACUCACACAUGAGAGUCCACACAGGACAGAAACCAUUUGAAUGUAAGGACUGUGGACAUAGAUUUAGCCAAAAGACUAGUUUAAACUCCCACAUAAGAGUCCAUACAGGACAGAAACCGUUUGAAUGUGAUGACUGUGGACAUAGAUUUAGCCAUAAGACUAGUUUAAACAGACACAUGACAGUCCACACAGGACAGAAACUGUUUGAAUGUAAAGUCUGUAGACAAAGAUUUAGCCAGAAGACUAAUUUAAACUCACACAUGAGAGUCCACACAGGACAGAAACCGUUUGAAUGUGAGGUCUGUAGACAAACAUUUAGCCGUAAGGGUAAUUUAAUCUCACACAUGAGUGUUCACACAGAAUAGAAUCUGUUUUAAUGUAAAGACCCUGUCACACUAUGUUUUAGACAACUUGUGCCGAAAUCUGCAAAUUUUGUCCAACACACUGGCACAUGCUGAAGAGGAGAGGAAAAAAAGCAUCAAUUGGCACCUUCUUUUGGACGUGAUCAUACCGUGUUGCUAACAACUUGAACAGAUAUAAAACCCAUGACUAAAGUAUCCCUACCUUAAAUAUAACAUGUACAAGCUUGAUUUGAUUUGAUUUGAUUUAUUUAUUUAUUUAACAGGAAAAGAUUAUUAAAAAUCAAGCCUGACUCAGCAUAA